AUGUCUGACUCCGAGAAACUUCUAGAUUCCGACCAUGAAUCUUUGCCAGCUGGUACUAGUGUACAUUCGUUGCGUGAUGGUAUUUCUGCACAUAAUACUGGGAAUAACGACUUGGUGGAUACUUUCUCUCUGUUUAAAACCUAUCUUGAUGGGAAGAUCGCUACUCUACACAAAGAUUUGGCAGUUGGCAACGAGAAUUUUGCUACCAAACUCAAGCAGGAAGUUUCAGUUAAACUCAAAGGUGAGGGCAACCAGAUACAAUUCAACUUUAAUUGUGAAAUCAUGGCCGACCUCGUUAAGCUCCAGAAGCGUAUUCCUGAUGAAGAUGCAGCUUGUCUUAAGUUGGUAUCUGGAGCUAUCCUUAAGGUUAAGAAGCGAAAUAAACUCAUCCGUAUUGCAGACAAAUCUCCUGCAGGAUGGAAAACCGUCCGUGAAUAUGAAAGCGACGACCUUGCCUCCGACUCAGAAGACGAGAAGCGCAUUCGUUCUGCAGAAACCCGUGCCAUCAGGAGUAUCAAGGAAAAGAAAAGACCUCAUCCUUAUAGAACCGCUACAGCUACUGCUUCUGCUCCUUCUGCACCUAUGCCUAAUCAACAUAACGCUAGACAAAACAACUACCAACAGCCGCCCUUUCGGACCGGCAGACGGAGGGAACCGUCAUCUCAGGACAUCUGUUACAACUGCAACCAGCUUGGUCACUGGCGAACUCAGUGCCCCCUCUUAUUCAGUACAAAACCAGGUGUCUCAGGGACAACAAGGCAACAGAAUUAAUGAUAAGUAUUUUUAUACUACUUUUUUAGAUGAACGUAAUCUUUACGGACAGUUUGAACUGUUUAUGUCACAUGCAAAAUAUUUUGAUAAUAUUGAUAUUUCAUCUGUUGCAAAAGGGGUGAAAUAUAGCUUACGCAAGCAUAUACAAUUUUGGAAACAUAUAGGUGCUAAUGAGUUUGUUAUAAAUACUAUCAAAAAUGGGUAUGUUAUUCCUUGUUUGCAGACUCCUACAUCUAUGUCAUUUAAGAAUAACAAAUCUGCUAAUGUCCAUUCUAAAUUUGUAAAUGAAGCAAUUUCAGAAUUACUUGAUAUCGGAUGUGUU